GACAGGGGCCGGGCUCUCCGUACGGGGCCAUAGCCAGCUUUUUCCGGCCGGGCGUGGGCGGGGCCUGACCUCCAGACACGCCCUCUUCCUUUCCCCUCUCCGGGCUGGGGCUGUCGGGAGCCCCCGGCUUCCGGACCCGCGUCCAGUGGGGCCGAAGGGGAAGGUUUCGCUUCCUUCCCGGGAGGCCAGGAAGGCGUGACGCCCCUCCGGGAAUGCCCCCUGGGCGGGUUGGGGUGAUCUCAGGGCGCCCACUGACGCCAUCUCCCACAAAGACCUUGCCUGCACUCGGGGCGGCCCGGCGAGGGCCCCUUUAUCCCCGUCUCCCCAGUUAUUUCUCCCCACAGGCCCGCUCCCAGGUAUUACUGCUCCCCAAUUAAUGAUCUCAUGCACCCACGGAGGACGCUCAGGUCCCGCCUCUGCACCUGGGGGCUCAACAAUCCCUAAAAGACCCCGAACAGCAACCGUCCCCAUUCAGCGGCCUUUCCUGCCACACACUGCGCUGACCGGCUGAGAAUGUCCCCCCACGCCGGCACCUCAGAGACCCACAAUGACAUGCCCAACCCAGACGGAGACCCCGCACGCAGAGGACUGCUCUGCUCCGGAAACAAUCCUCAGAGCCACCCCCGAACCCUCCCGCGACUCCCAGGCUCGCACCCACGAGGUGCAGAAGGCGGUGAACACAGCCCGCGGGCUGUACCAGCGCUGGUGUGAGCUCCUGCAGGAGGGCGCCGCGGUCGGCCGCGAGGAGCUGGACUGGACGACCAAUGAACUGCGGAAUGGCCUGCGCAGCAUCGAGUGGGACCUCGAAGACCUGGAGGAGACCAUCGGCAUAGUGGAAGCCAACCCAGGCAAGUUCAAGCUCCCAGCUGGGGACCUGCAGGAGAGAAAGGUCUUCGUGGAGCGGAUGCGGGAAGCGGUCCAGGAAAUGAAGGACCAUAUGGUCAGCCCAGCAGCCGUAGCCUUCAUGGAGAGAAAUAAUAGAGAGGUAAGGCAUCUCGACCUGACCCGAAACAUUUUUCAGGGUGAGCCUCUCAGUGCGUGUUUGCUUGUUCCUGGGAGAGUGUACGUCUGUCCCCAUCCUCCUUGUGUGCAGUCCUCUUGGCUGUCUACCUGCCUGCUUUCCGUGUGUGUAUACCUGAGCCCUCACUGAUUGUAUAAUACUCCCUUCUGCCUUGUCCUGGAGGUCUAUACUGGUUUCCCAGGGUGGGGGUGGGGUGGGGGGUGAGUGGUGUCUGUAUACCUAUCCACUUUCUUUGUGUUUACUGUUUCCAGCAUAAUGCCUACUUUUUUUUCUCUCUGUGUAUGCUCUUGACCUAUCUGAGUGUGUGAACUUGGCCUCUGAGUGUAUCUUAUCUGCCUUGUGCAUGCACACCUUCCCCCCCACCCCCAUGGGUGUCCUUGCUUUGUGUGUGUGCCUGCUCAUGCCUUUUGUUUGAAUGCUUCCUGCUGCCUGUCUGUACUCCUUUCCCCUCUGUGUUGCAUGCCCAUUCUUUGUAUGUUGUGACACCACCAGCCUCUCCCCCAUCCCAUCAUAAGCCCACAUGGGAUCUGGGAGGGUGGGGGAUCUGAGGCCCACACCAGCUUGGAGUCCUGUAGCAGUGUCUAUGUCAGCCGUGGGCAAACUACGGCCCGUUUGAAAUGAAUAAAACUAAAAAAAAAAAAAGACC